GAGAGAGAGAGAGACUGGUGAACGGAAGCAGAGCAGAGAGCGAAGCUAAGCAAGGCACACGAAGAGAUAACAAAACUUGGAGGCAGAGGGCUCCUUUCCCCCCCAGGAAAGGCACCGCUCACCAUCGGCUUUCUCUCUCUCUCUCUCUUCGUGGAAGCUCAUAUAAGCUGCCGGGCAUGUCUGUUGAUUGAAGCAAGAAUCUGUGCCGGAGCUCCCGCUAUUAGAGCAAUGGAGAUUGAGCUGAGUCUGCCCAUGUAAAUUUGAUGGGCUCGCUAUGGGAGCUCAGAAAAGCAUACACGCGGGCAAAGCCAAAAUUGACGUUAACGUCGAUCUCACUCACAAGCUAUGCGCCUCCCUGAUGCUGCCCCCGUUCAGGAGCUCCGGUAGUCCAUUAUCGAUGAUCAUUGGGAGUCUUUGCCUCAAGCACCCAAACUUAUUUGGUGGGAGCGAGAAGCUCGAUGUUUCGUGGGAUAAGGGUCUUUAUGAUUCCAAUGCCUUGAUAGCUUACAGGAGGCCAAGACCAGAAUGGCUUUCCCAACAGUCAUUUGUUAUCCAGCAUUCUCUCUCACCGGAAAUUGGGGUUCACGGCAAACCUAUGGACAACUUCUCCCGUUCAGGCAGUGGAGGUGUGAAUUUGUCUCAGUUUUCAGUUGGGUUGGAUCUAACCGAGCCUGCAAAUUCCAAUUGGAGCAGUACAACUAGUAUCAGAUUUAAGCAUGUCCGUCCUGUGAAUGAUGAUGGGCGGUCCAUAAGCAGGGAUCUUGAUGGAUUUCCUGUCACUUACAGUGGAAAUUCAAAUGACAGUAUGGUGGUUUUGAAGCAAGAGUCUCAUUAUGCGAAAGCCAAGGAGCGCAGCUUUUUUCGUAUUAGUUUUCAAAUAGAGCAAGGAAUCCCGCUUCUUUCUAAGUGGAUUAUAUUCAAUCGGCUCAAAUUUGUCGCAUCGAAGGGCAUCAAAUUGGGACCUACAUUUCUCUUGACUAGUGUAACAGGGGGUUCGAUCGUAGGAGACAUGGCUCCUUACCAGGCAUUUUCUAUUGGAGGGCUGGGCAGUGUUCGAGGUUAUGGUGAAGGUGCUGUUGGGUCUGGGAGAUCAUGCCUCGUCGCUAACAGUGAAUUAACUUUCCCUUUGAACAAGAUGAUGGAAGGAGCUGUUUUCUUGGAUUGCGGAACUGACUUGGGAUCCGGUCGUCAUGUUCCUGGAAAUCCAGCACUGAGGCACGGGAAGCUCGGUUCAGGAAUGGGGCUUGGGUACGGCCUCCGUUUUAAAGCUCCAGUCGGUCACUUUCAGGUGGACUAUGCCAUCAAUUCGUAUCAGCAGAAGACAGUCUACUUUGGCAUCAGCAACCUCGGUUCAUGAAACACCACGUGCCUAUCUAUGUCGAGCCGGAUCAAUUCUUAUCGGUUGAUCGAGAAGGCUCCCUAAGUAUAGUGAUCGAAAUAACAGAUAUCUUGAAAAGUCUGCAUAAACAUUGGACCCCAAAAGAGUCCCACCUUCCAUUUGAAAGAGAAUUCACCAAGGAAUACAGAUUUGCAGAACUCGAACGCAUUGUACUAGGAGUUUCCCCGGAAACUGCGAACGGUCGAGAACUGGUUGUAAACAGUAUUCAUUCCGAUUCUUUACAGGCUACUUGCUCAGAUCAGACUUCUCUUUA